UGUCAUUUUUUUCAUCCAAUGACUGAGAAGCCACGAGGGUCUGUUGCCUCUGCUUCAACUUGCAGCGCUGCUAUUCAUAUUUAAAGUAGAGUCGUUAACACCUCCCGCCUGCAGGCUCCCCCGUACCUCUAACCCCCGCUGCUUCUACUGGUACGUAAACAACCAUAUCCGUCUCAGGCGAACGCAAAUGCGCUUCCCUGUAAGCUGUCGUUUACUAGCGGCGCCCGCGUCAGUAUACGGGGACGAAAAUCACUCUUUUCGUGCAGUGGUGUGUGUGAUUCCCAUCACAGAAAGGCUGAUCCGCAGUCAGACCACGAUGUAUGUGCGGGCAAUGACCGACCACAGCCCUCAGCAGGACCCGACCAUCCCCUGCGCCCACGCCGGCAUGAUCUUCAGAAGAGGUGACAUCCUGGAGAUCGUGGAUCAGACAGACACUCUGUGGUGGCAGGCAAAGAAACUCCCAAGCAGCACGGCAUGUGCCGGCCUCAUUCCCUCCACCAGCCUGCUCAAACGUCUCCUACAAACCAUCUUUUCGGCCAGACAGAUCCACAGAUGACGCCAUAUCCUUCCUCCUCCACAAGACCCUUUCACACAUAGACACUGGUAAGGGGAACUAUGUGAGAGUGCUGUUUGUAGAUUACAGC